GGCAGGCGCACGCUCGUACGGCGGCCGCAGCGGCAGGGCGGGGCCCGGAGCGACGGGCGGCUGCAGCGGAGGCCCCAGGGGACGCCACCUCGCUUCCAUCGGUGUCUAGCUCCGGCCUCGGAAACGUCCCGGGAUCUCUAGGACUUUCGCGCUCAGCCAUGGGAGGCGUCGGGGAGCCUGGCGGGGGGCGGGGUCCGCGGGAGGGGUCGGUGCGGCCACGGGCGCCUCUGCCUACCUUUCGCUGGGAACAGAUCCGCCCACACGACCUGCCCGGCGACAAGUGGCUGGUCAUCGAGCGCCGCGUCUACGACAUCAGCCGCUGGGCACAGCGGCACCCUGGGGGAAGCCGCCUUAUCGGCCACCACGGCGCUGAGGACGCCACGGAUGCCUUCCACGCCUUCCACCAGGAUCUUGGCUUUGUACGCAAGUUCUUGCAGCCCCUGCUGAUCGGAGAGCUGGCCCCGGAGGAGCCCAGUCAGGAUGGAGCCCAGAAUGCCCAGUUGGUCGAGGACUUCCGAGCCCUGCGCCAGGCAGCUGAGGACAUGAAGCUGUUUGAGGCCAGUCCCACCUUCUUCGCUCUCCUGCUGGGCCACAUCCUGGCCAUGGAGGUGCUGGCCUGGCUCCUCAUCCUCUUCCUGGGCCCUGGCUGGGUACCCAGCACCCUUGCCGCCCUCAUCCUGGCCAUCUCCCAGGCUCAGAGCUGGUGUCUACAGCACGACCUGGGCCAUGCCUCCAUCUUCAGGAAGUCACGGUGGAACCACGUGGCUCAGCAGUUUGUGAUGGGGCAGCUGAAGGGCUUCUCCGCACACUGGUGGAACUUCCGCCAUUUCCAGCAUCAUGCCAAGCCCAACAUCUUCCACAAAGACCCAGAUGUGACUCUGGCGCCUGUCUUCCUCCUGGGAGAGUCCUCCAUAGAGUAUGGCAAGAGGAAGCGAAGAUACUUACCCUACAACCACCAGCACCUGUACUUCUUCCUGAUCGGCCCGCCACUACUCACUCUGGUGAACUUUGAGGUGGAAAACCUGGCGUACAUGCUGGUGUGCAUGCAGUGGGCGGACUUGCUCUGGGCUGCCAGCUUCUAUGCCCGCUUCUUCUUGUCCUAUGUCCCCUUCUACGGUGUCCCUGGGGUACUGCUCCUCUUUGUUGCUGUCAGGGUCCUAGAGAGCCACUGGUUUGUGUGGAUCACACAGAUGAACCAUAUCCCCAAAGAGAUCGGCCACGAGAAGCACCGGGACUGGGCCAGUUCUCAGCUGGCAGCCACCUGCAAUGUGGAGCCCUCACUCUUCAUUGACUGGUUCAGCGGACACCUCAACUUCCAGAUUGAGCACCACCUCUUCCCCACGAUGCCAAGGCACAACUACCGCAAGGUGGCCCCGCUGGUCAAGGCACUGUGUACCAAGCACGGCCUCAGCUAUGAGGUGAAGCCCUUCUUCACUGCCCUGGUGGACAUCAUCAGGUCCUUGAAGAAGUCCGGUGACAUCUGGCUGGAUGCCUACCUCCACCAGUGAAAGCAGCAGAGAGGGGUAAGGGCUCAGCAACCUCCAAGCGGUGCCAGGCAGGAUCAGUACUCCAGCCCUCCACCCACCAGCCUGGGGUGUCCUGCCUGCCCACCUGGCCACACCACUUUUUCCUCGCCUAUCUGUUCUGCAGCCCCGUGACCUUGGCUCUGGGCCUAACAGGGCCAGGGGGGAGGGAAGGAACAUAAAGCCACACAGCGAGCACGGCAUGUUUUCCUAGAAUAAGAAUUGGG